AUGGAUGAAGAACUCCAGAAAAAACAUCCCAAGUCGACUAAAGGCUUGAGUACGCUGGAGAAGACCCUGAUUUUCCUCUUUGUGGCUUUGACUUUAGUCUGCGUUGGUUUGGUGGUUGUCUUUGUUCUUGAGAGGAAUAAUUCCACCCAUGAAGAGAAAGGAGGAUGUGGAAGUCCGCAGCAGCUGACGGGUUCUUCUGGAGAGUUCAGUAGUGAAAAUUAUCCAAGCAGCUACAACAACGGCAAAAGCUGCAGCUGGCACAUCACCGUGGCAACUGAUAAGGUGAUCCACUUGUGGUUCCAGGACUUUUCAUUGGAGGAUUCAGACAUUUGUGCUGCAGACUCCAUAACGCUGAGGGACAGUCUGGGGAUCAUAGGAAAGUACUGUGGGUUCUCCACGCCGCAGCCAGUGGUGUCUCUGGGAAACAGUCUGGUGGUGUACUUCAACACAAAUGACAAAGUGACAGACAAAGGCUUCAAAGCCUUCUACAGAGCUGUGUCUCCGCAGGCUGUGUCAGAAAUAGUUGGAGCGGGUGGCCUUCUCCAAGGUGACCGUGGUGAACUCUUGACCCCUGGCUUCCCAGCACAGAACUAUGAGAAUGGAGCUCUUUACCAGUGGCAGAUUAAAGUGCCCCCUGGGGAAAGGGUGAGACUCACCUUCACGUCUUUUGACCUGGUCCCUGAGUCCUGUGGAGAUUUUGUGGAUGUCUAUGAUGGUGUGGCAGAUGGAGGUGCCAAACUUGGGCAUUUCUGUGGAGCUACGUUCCCUGAGCCUGUGGUCUCAAAGGGUCAUACUAUGGUUGUACGUUUUAAGAGUGACUCCAGUGUGACAGCACGGGGUUUCAGCGCUGUGUUUACCACGGCAAGCGCUCCACCCAUUCCUCCAACCACGACUCCAUCUACCACUACCAGCACAUCCAAACCCGCUAACUCUGGCUGUGGGUCCAUUGGGAUGAUGAAAGGUCGGAAAGGUGAGGUCCAUUCUAAAGACUUCCCUCAGGCGUAUCCCGCUGGUUUAAACUGCUCCUGGAACAUAACUGUGGACGAUGGUCUCCUGGUCAAGCUUCAUAUAACUGAUAUGGCCAUUGUGGGUGAAGCAGGACAAUGUGGCCAGGACAGGCUGACUAUCUCUGACAGCAUUCAGUCGCUUGGCACACACUGUGGCUUCAUUCUUCCUCCAGUGCUUGUCAGUGUGAGUAACAGCAUGUCUCUGAGCUUCCAGUCAGACUCUCGACUGGCUGACCGCGGCUUCUCCGCCAGGUGGGAGGCUGUGUAUCCAGACGACAUUUCCGAUGUCCAGGGCUGUGGAGGAGCGUUUCAUGGGGAGACUGGGGUCAUUAAAUCCCAAAACUGGCCGAUGAAUUACCCUGCAAACGGGGAAUGUUUGUGGAAAAUCCUCGUGCCUGUGGGGAAGACCGUCACAUUAACGUUUACUGACUUUGACGUGGAGGCAGCUGACAUCCUGCUCGGACGUUGCUAUGACAAUGUGGUCAUCUAUGACGGGGCACAGCCCGGAGCCAAAAAAUACGGCCCGUAUUGUGGCUCCAAACUCCCUCCCACAAUCAAGACAAGUGGUAAUGAGCUGGUGAUGCGUUUCCAUGUCGAUUUCUUCACCGAAGCCAAAGGUUUCCGGGCCUACUGGACCACUGACCCCAGUCAGCCAGCCCCGACUGAACCGCCAGUACCACCCAACCCGUGGGAUGACAUCAAGAUUGACUGGCCUGAGACCUGCGGAAAUCCUAAAGUCCCACCUGUAGUCAACACUCGCAUUGUGAAUGGAGAACCAGCCAAACCUCACUCCUGGCCCUGGCAGGUGUCCAUGCAGGUUUGGCCAGAUUCCCAGUCCAGCCCUACAUUUUUCCACACAUGUGGUGGAACUCUCAUUCACAAGAACUGGGUUCUGACUGCUGCCCACUGCUUCAUCCGGUAUGCAGACGAGUUUCAGCGUUGGAAAAUGUGCCUUGGGAAACACAACCUGACCUUUUCAGAGCCUGGUGAGCAGUGCUUUGGUGUGCUGGGAAUCUACCGCCACGAGGGUUUUAAAUACCCAACCGUGCCAACGGUGGAGUUUGACAUCGCACUGGUCCGUCUGGAUGGAGAAGUUACUGCCACGGACCAGAUUGACUUUGCCUGCUUGCCCGCUGUCGAGGAGGUGCUUCCUGGUGGAAAGAAGUGUUAUGCCACUGGGUGGGGAGAUGAAACAGGAAACUCAAUGGCUCCUAAAGCGGCAGAGGCGCUGAACCAGGUAGCGCUGCCUGUGGUUCCGUAUGACACCUGUAAGAGGAUGGACUACUGGUGGUUCCAGGUCAAAACCUCAAUGAUCUGCUGUGGCUACACUUUACCGGACGAGCUCAAAUCUGUGUGUCAGGGUGACUCUGGUGGGCCCCUGGUAUGCCAGGACAGCCCCACAGCCCCCUGGGAAGUGCAUGGAAUUACCAGCUUUGGCCCUGUAGGCUGCAUCAUGGACAAGAAGCCCAGUGUGUUCACUCGUUCAUCUGCCUACCUGUCCUGGAUCGAAAACAUCAUCCGCAAGGACAUCUAUGAUUUGACCACAUCUGGUUGUGGUGGUCCAAAGGAUGUCAGUGGGACUGAGGGGACUCUGUCGACCAUGGGUUUUCCUCAGAGCUACAGUAACAGCGCUCUCUGCCAGUGGAAUAUCCGUGUGCCGCCUGGCAAACAUGUCCAUCUGAGCUUCAGCAACUUCUCUCUGGAGACCAGCCAGCUGUGUCUCAAUGACAAAGUCACACUCCAGGAUUCACUGGGCUCACUGGGCACCCACUGCAGUGCGUCCAGUCCGGGGGAUCUGGUGUCUGUGAGUGAUUCUCUGAGUGUCUCCUUCAGCUCUAAUAACAGAGUGGUAGACACAGGUUUCCACGCCGUCUGGAAGGCUGUAGACCCUGCCCAUAUUGAAACUGUGGCUGGCUGUGGCGGGCAGUUCAGCAGCCAGCAGGGGGAGCUGACGUCUCCUAACUGGCCAAAUGACUACCCAAGCCAAGCCGUCUGCACCUGGCAUGUGUCUGUGCCCUCUGCCACGCAGCUCCACCUCACCUUCACACAUUUUGAAGUGCAGGCUGUAAACAUGCUAGGGGAAUGUGUGGACUACGUGGAAGUCUUUGAUGCCACUGGAAAGUCACAUGGACGGUUCUGUGGAUUUGCGCCUCCAGCAACAAUCAUCAUCAGUGGGGAUACAGCCAUGAUCCGGUUCCUGACCAAUGAGGCGGGACAGGAGAAGGGUUUCCGUGGAUACUGGACCACCGAUCCAUCUGUCUACCCCACUCUUCCUCCCCCACCCCCCAACCCCUGGGAUGACAUUAAAAUUGACUGGCCAACUACAUGUGGCUCUCCGGCUGUGAACCCUCUUACCAAAUUAACACGAGUUGUGAAUGGAGUGGAGGCCAGACCACACUCCUGGCCUUGGCAAGUGUCCAUGCAGAUGUGUUUUGGUAAACAUCACAUGAAUGCCAGUUUGGACGGACCCACUGAAGUUUGUGUUGCCGUGGAAACAAUCAUCUCCCACCCUGACUUCAUCUACCCGCUGGGAAAUGACAUCACUAAUGACAUCGCUCUGGUUCGCUUGGCAACCCCAGUCUCCAUAACAGCCCAGAUCAGUCCUGUGUGCAUGCCCAGUGCACAGUCGCAGGUGCCUGCUGGACACCCCUGUUACGUCACUGGAUGGGGAGAUGAGAAAGGUAGCCUGUUCCCUGUGGUAGCAGAAACACUGAAGCAGGCUCCACUGCCUGUGGUUGCCUUUGAGACCUGCAGUAAACCAAGCUACUGGUGGGACACUGUCCGACCCUCCAUGAUCUGUGCUGGGUAUGAGUCUCCUGAUGAACUCAAAUCUGCCUGCCAGGGUGACUCUGGGGGGCCGUUUGUGUGUAAACUGGAGGAGAGCUCUGUCUGGGAGGUGCAUGGUGUGGUCAGCUUUGGUCCCCAAGGCUGCAUCAUGGAUAAGAAACCCUCUGUGUUCACUCGUGUCUCUGCCUUCUCUCACUGGGUGGAGGACAGCAUGAAGCGCUACAUCUACAACAGCACCUCCACCACAUUUAACAGAGCCUGA